AGACUCAGAAAGACACAAAUUGAUGCAAAAUGAUGAGUGAUCGUGUAACAAACUUCCUGCUUCAUAAUAAAACGUCCUCACCUGAAACUCUGACAGAAAACUUCUAAAACACUGCAGACUGUGUAGUACUGCUUCACUACUGCAGGAUCUCUGCCAGCAUUACUUCCUAGUAACACACUCAGUUUAUCCUCAUGUCUGGAGGAACCAUUUUCUGAUUGGCUGCUUCAGUCCUGUAGUAAAGAAAACGGCCACUAGAUGGAGCGCCUCAACAAUCAUCUGAAAACAGCUCCGUUCAUGACCAGAAGAUCCAAGGUUUAGCUGCUUUAUCAGGUUUUCAGGUACGUUUAAAGGUUUUUAGGGGUUCUUUUAUACAGGCUUUCUGGUAUUUCCCCAGAAUUACAACAGAGUUACUUUGAGGUUUUUAGGUAUUUUCUUCAGGCAUCCUUCUAUUUUCUUCAGGUUUUUAGGUAUUUUCUUCAGGCAUCCUUCUAUUUUCUUCAGGUUUUUAUGUAUUUUCUUCAGGCUUCCUUGUAUUUUCUUCAGGUUUUUAUGUAUUUUCCUCAGUCUUCCUUGUAUUUUCUUCAGGUUUUUAGGUAUUUUCCUCAGUCUUCCUUGUAUUUUCUGACCUGGAUGCGGUUUCUGUUGUUGCAGCGUGUCUGAGAUGUGCUGAUCUGCUCUUUUAGAAUCUGCAGACACACUUUAGACUGAUUAACUGUCAGCUUGUUUUAUUUUGCUGCAGCAGCUUUCUUUCUCUCUGCUGACAUCUGCUGGUAAAAAUAAACUCUUCCUGGGAAACAGCUGAUUUACAGGAAACAGGUCCACUAAUGCCCAGAGGAUUCAAGGCUUCAAGCAUAUUCUUAAGGAUUUUAGGUAUUAUCUGAGGGGUUUGUGUGUGAUUUUAAGGUUUUCAGGUGCUUUCUCAAGGUUUUAUGUAUUUUCAAAAUGGGUUUUUUAGGUAUUUUCCGAGGGUUUUAUGUAUUAUUUUAAGGUUUUUAGGUGUUUUCUUAAAGUUCUUAUGUAUUUUCUUGAAAAUUUUAGGUACUCUCUUCAACUUUUUAGAUGUUUUCUUCAGGUUUUGAGGAUCUUUGUGUAAAAUUCCUCAUUAAAAACAUGUCCUGUCUCCACCUUUUAUCUGCAACCAGUCAGUUUCAUUCUUACAGGAAUCUGUCUGGUGGUUUCCUGUAAAUCAUGUGACUAGCUCUACCCCUGACAUCAUUCCUCUCUUAAAGGAUGAAAACUACUUUCACUUUUACUCCUAGUCCUGCAGCAGUCCAGCCAUGGCUGUUCUCAGAGAUCUGCUGCUCUUCUACUGUCUGCUCUGGAGGACCACAGGACAGCUGGACGUGGUGGUAGGACCAGAGGAGGACGCUGUGCUGCAGUGUCAGAGUCCGGCUGAGGGGAAGAUCUCGGUGCUGAAGUGGAGCCGACCCAACAGGAACUCUGACGGCUACGUCUACUUCUACCGGAACAACCGCUGCUUCCACAGCUACCAGCAUCCUCGCUUCCACGGCCGAGUGGAGCUGAGACGACCGGACAUGAAGAAUGGAGACGCAACCCUGAUCCUGAGGAACGUCACUGAGCAGGACGCCGGGAUCUACGAGUGUUACACGUCUGUGAAGAACCUGGAAAGAAGCAAGAGGUCCUCAGUGGAGACGAGUCAGUUCAUCAACCUGACGGUCACCGGUGAAACACGUCAAACUGCAGAGAAGCUGGAGUUCAUCGUAGAAGAACCUGAAGGAAACCCUCAGGAUGCAGUAACCGUGGGAACCAGUGUCCCCCUGGUCGCUGUUGUUGUUGUUGUUGUUGUUGCUGUUGUUGCUUUUGUUUGUGUUCUAGGAUUUGUGAGUCUCUGGAAAGUAAAAAGACGUAAACAACAGAGUGUUAAAAAUCAUUCAGACUCAGAGGAAGAGUCCAUGUUUCCUGAAAAAACGUAAAUAAUCAGGGCUGACCAUGAAAAAAUAGGAAAAAGCAGCUGAAAAUAUAAUGUCAAUAAAACAUCUAUGGCACGUGACCCUCUGGAGGCCCGUGGUCCAAAAGUGGUCCUCCAGAGGGUCCAAUCCGGUCCUCAAAGUGUAAAAAUUACAGAGAAGACAUUAACUGCAGAUUGUAAAGUAGUAAAACUAUAAAUUUAAAAUCAUUUCUAGAACAUGACAAGUUGUUUGAUCACAAAGUAAAAUACUAGAUUGUUUCUUUGUUCUUUUGUCGUUGUGUCUUCUGUUUGUAAUAUUUUGUCUGUUUUUGUUGUUUUGCAUUUCCUCUUUGUCUCGUUUGUGUUUUCUUGUUUAUUGUUUUGUUGUUUUGUUCAUUUUCUUGUUAUUUUUUUGUCUAGUUUUGUCCAUUUUUCUGUGCUUUUUAAUUUUUUUGCCAUAUUUUCUGUCUCUUUUUUUGUUUUGGCCAUUUGUCUCAUUUUUGUAAUAUUUUGUCUUGUUUUUGCUGUUUUUUGUCUUUUAUUUUCUCAUGUUUUGUCAUUUUGUUUCUCAUUUUUGUCGUUUUGUUUCUCGUUUUGUUGUUUUGUGUUUCCUCUUUGUCUUGCUUGUGUUUUUUUGGUCAUUUUUUUGUCGCUUUGUAACUUUUUUGUUGUUUUGUUUUUGUUGUCCUUUUGUCUUUUUUGUCAGAUUUUUGUCAUUUUAAUGAGAAAGUAAAAUACUUUAUAGUCUACAGCUUCUAUGAAAUCUGUCUGUGAAACUAUGCACUUUCUUAUCUAUCCCAUACAUGGAUUUUAUUUUAUUGCACUUAUUUAUUCAUCAUCUUAUCAUCAUAGUCAAUGUUCACUUGGAUGUUUUAGUGGGAAAUAAAUCCAGCAGUUGUUUUAUGAAGCGAUAAAACGCCGUCAUGCUAACUUUGUAUUCUGCCUGUGAGCUUUAACUUGAAUCCUUUCACACAUUUAUUUUGCAUGAGGUUCAAAACGUGUCCAGAAAGACAACAAGAAAGUUUAAUUAAUCAGAAAAUUAUUAUUAGUAAAAAACACGACCACAAGAAUCUGGAAAUCUUUCAAGAUGACUCAAAACUGGUAGAAAAGGAUUCAAAGUUUGGUCCAAAAUGUCCCAAAACGUCUUAAAAAUGAUUCCAAAUUGGUCCACAGUGACCAAGAAAGUUCCUAAAAUGAUGCAAAUUUUACUACAGCUGCUGUACUUUUCCCUCAGAAAGAUUCCUGUCUGCACUGAAAAAUGCACCUUCUGCUUAAAUGAACACUGUGACACUGUGAAGACCAACAACAUGAAUGUAUGAAUAAAAUAAGCUCCAUGAUCAUGAA